AUGACACAUGUGUCAAUGUAAACAUAUUUAUAAAUAUCAAUAACAAAAUAUAUAUAGAUAUAUAUAUAACUAUUUUUACUGUAAUAAAAAGUGUGUGUGCAACACUAAUUUUAAUUUGACAGAUCAAAUAGUAUCAGUAAUUUUUUAUGUAAUCACAGGAAUUAAUAGAACGUGAUUACAAUGUCUGAUGAUGAAACACCACCUAAGCGGAGACGUCUGGAUACAUUGUCAUCAAAAUCUGACGAUACAUUGAAUGACAGCGACCUGUCAGAAGCAAUAAAUCAGGAAAAUUUAUCAGACAGUGACAGCGAAUCAUCAAGCUCUGAUAAUAUAUACGAUAAUGACCGCGAGGUAAAUUCUUUUCAAUUGAUAGCACAAGCUGUUGACGAAGACGCAAAUGACAACGAGGAAUUCCAAGAGAACUCCAGCUUUUCUGACUGGAUUAAAGGCUCGUCUGUCGAAUCAACUUACGAGGACGAAGAAGAAUUGGUUUCUUUGAGGAAAGAAUCCAAAGAUACUCAGUUACAUGUUGCUGUUAAAGCUGGAGAUAUUGAAUUGGUUAAAAAAAUUAUGAGAACUGGCGUUGAUGUCAAUGCACCAGGUGAAGAUUCUAACACAGCACUGCAUCUAGCUGUUGAUAAUGAAUUAUUGCCAGCUAUCAAGUGUUUAGUUGAAUAUGGAGCCAAUAUUUCUGCUAAGAACAAAUCUGAUGACCCAUACCUACGAUGGGAAACUCCAUUGCACAUCGCAGUGAGAAGAGAUCGUCUGGAUAUUCUGGAGUUACUUUUCACAACAGAAAUAAACGUCCAGGAACUGAUGAAAAAUUAUGACACCAACUUGCGUCACGCUGUCGAGCGUAAAAAUUUCAAAUUGAUCAAUAGUUUAGCGGGAAAUUCAAAUUACAAUAAUUACAACAGUUCAAUAAAAGAAGUGUUUAAAAAUUUUUCAAUGCAGCAGCUUUCAAAAAUGGGCUACGGUGAAGACUUGAUAGCUUUGCUAUUCGGCAAGUACGCAGACAUAAAUGUCCGCAAUAAAUCUGAUCAAACUCUUCUUUUUUUAGCAGUUACCAAUAAAAAUGUAAAGAUGAUUAAAUAUCUACUUGACAACGGUGCUGAUAUAAAUGCGGUAAAUUGCGGUGAUUUUAUUCCCGGAUGGACUGCUCUGCAUGCUGCUGCUGAGGCAUGUUACGAAGAUGUAGUAAAGAUUUUAUUGGAUCAUCAGUUUUGCGACGUAAAUGUCAAGACAGAUGACAAUAUAACGCCGCUCCAUAUUGCCGCGUCGAAAAAUAAUUUAACAAUUGUAAAAAUGUUGUUGGAAAAAAAUGCGCUGUUUGAUAUUCAUGGUCAACAUGAUCUUAUUUAUGGAUUGACGCCUUAUCACGUCGCUGUCUAUGACGAUUGUCUGGAAGUGACGGAAUAUUUUUUGGAUAAUCUUAAAAUAGAUGUUGACAAAAAGACGAUGAAUGAUGAGAGCGCACUGCAAGUUGCUGUGAGAGAUGAUAAUUGUAGUAUGACAAAAUUACUGCUGGAUCAUGGAGCUGACAUUAAUUAUUUUUCAAAAGAUCAGGGCGCGGGAUUCACUGCAUUGCAUAUUGCUGCGCAAAAUGGUAAUGCGGAGCUGGUUGAUUUACUGCUGAGUCGAGGCGCCGAUGUCAAUAUCAUGGGAAAUGACGUAAAGACUAUUCUACAUAUGGCUGUUUGCUCGGAAAAUGAAUUUAUUGUCAAACGUUUGCUAGCUUGUGGAGCUGAUGUAAAUCGCAAGAGCAACACGUAUAGAUUUGAAGGAAUCACUCCACUUCUUGAAGCAUCGUCACGUAAUUUAAAAGAAAUUAUUUUGAUGCUGAUAAAUGCAGGCGCUGAUGUAAACGCUACUGCUACAAAUAAAUUUGACGAUAAGCGUCAGUCUAUUAUUGACAUCGCUAUCAAAGGGUACGGCGAUGAUGAGUUGCUGAAGAUGCUUUUAAAUUUAGGAGUUGAUAUUAACAAUUCUUAUGUACAUCUUGAGUUGGCUGAUGCUUCUUUGACUAUUCUUGAGCAGCAUGUACUUAAAUUGAAGGCGGCUGGCUUGUUUGUUCAUCAAAGACAUCUAGAUUGGUCCAAUCACAGAGGAGGUAACAGAGACUUUCAAAAAGAAUGUAGAAGAGAGCUAAAGAAAAUGAAGACUGAAAAAAUAAAUAAGAGUAAUAUUUGUUACUACGAUCUGCUUGCUAAGGAUGUUGAUCAACUGGCGAUGUAUGCGGAGAAUAAAAAUAUCAGGAAGGCUGUGAAGCUCGAUAAGCUGACGGUGAAGUAUCCGUUGUACGCGGAGAUGUUGGUUUUUUAUUUCAAAAAAGGACAGAAGCGUAACCAGCUGCUAAAUGAUGUUGAGAAAUUCCUGGAAGAUGUUUUUAUCAAGCUGCCGCACAAUUGUGUCAGGAAUAUUUUGGUAUAUUUGAGCGAUGACGAUUUAUUAAUGUGCUUAGGAAGGACAUCCAGUGUGAUGGCGGACAAAUAAAAAUUUAUACUUUUUUUGAGUUAAUGUAAAUGAUGUGUAUAUAUUUUUAACUUUUAUUGUGAGAUAUUUAAUUUAUUGUUAUUGUAAGAGAUUUUUUAACAUUUUUUUUUAAUAAAAUGAAUUUAA